CGGGAAGGCGUGUGUGAGUGAGUGAGGGGCCGAGGGGCCGCGCAUCCUCCAGACCCGUCCCCUGCCUGCCAGCUCCGCGCCAGAGGGGCAGGGCGCUGACACCGCGGGAGGCAGUGCCUGGACCCGGAGAGACGGAGCCCGUGGCCCGAGAGGCUGCUGAGCAGGGCCAGGCCGGGCCCUGCCUGCAAGGACGCCCAAGCCCUUCGCCGGCCUCUGCUCCCCAGAGCCCACCAGGCUCCCCUGCUGGCCCCACCAUGACGUCGGAGUCCACAUCACCCCCAGUUGUGCCCCCGCUCCACUCCCCCAAGUCCCCUGUCUGGCCCACCUUCCCCUUCCACCGGGAGGGCAGCAGAGUCUGGGAACGGGGCGGUGUCUCAUCUCGGGACCUGCCCAGUCCUCUGCCCACCAAACGGACCAGGACAUAUUCGGCGACAGCCCGAGCCUCAGCAGGCCCAGUGUUCAAGGGGAUCUGUAAGCAGUUCUCACGCUCACAGGGCCAUGGCUUCAUCACCCCUGAGAAUGGGUCAGAGGACAUCUUCGUGCACGUAUCUGACAUCGAGGGGGAGUACGUGCCGGUGGAGGGCGACGAGGUGACCUACAAGAUGUGCCCUAUCCCGCCCAAGAACCAGAAGUUCCAGGCCGUGGAGGUGGUGCUCACCCAGUUGGCCCCCCACACUCCCCACGAGACGUGGUCCGGCCAGGUCGUGGGCUCCUAGGCUGGGUGGGUGGGGAGCCACACGGGGUGGAUGGGCAGCAGCCGGCCCCAUGCCCCCACUGUGCUGGCUAGCCAGUCCCUGGGGCAUGUCCCCGCGUGCGUGUCCAUCUGUCUGUCUGUGCUUGUGGCUGUGAGCGUGUGCUCCACCCACCCUGUGGCCCAUGACUGCUGUGUGAGCCGGCCAGGAGCUGGACGGAGGGGAGGCUGUCAGGCCCGGCUUCUCCGCUGUCCACCGCCUCUUUGCCCUCCCUGCCCCAGACACACCAGGCCCCUCGGCCCCCUGGCCACUGUCCCAAGUCAGGCUCCAGGGGAACAGUGGGGCCCCUCCAUAUACGCUUGCUCCUCUUGCCCCCAGUGUCCUUCUCUGCCAGGCCCUGGCCGGGGGACAGACUCUGCUGUGCUACUCACCUCCCCCACCCUGGGCUGGGGUCUCCCGCCAUGGCCUGGACCCUUCCCUUCGGGAGCCAGGCCGGUGAGUGCUCUGGGGUGACACCUCGCUGCAGGGCCCGCCUUCCUACUCUCAGCGCACUGGAGGGGCAGGAAAGAGGGGCCUGAGGACAGAAGGGGGCUGGGGCUGCCCAGCCUGGCCAGCCGUGUUCCUUCCCCUGGGCCACGCUGAGCCAGCAGCCUCUCCCUGCCCUGAGGAGGUGAGGGUCCAAGGAGGGGGGUCCAUCUCCCCAGCUGGGAUGGAGCCACCUCCUUUAUCCCGACUCACAAACUCACUGACGCUUUGCCCCGUGCCCACAACGGCUGCUGAGGACGCCUCGAUGGACGGACACACGUCCCCUCAGGCAGGGCCAGGGCUGGGUGCCCAUGAGGAUGGCCCUCAGCCUGGGAAACCUCCAGUCCUGCAACCCCCACGCUAGACCCUCGUCCCAAAGCCACAGGAUGGGUAGCUCCCACUGGCCCCUGACAAACCAGUGGCUUGAGGUGUGGCCUUACCUUGUCCAUCCCUGAUAUGUGGCCCCCUGCCACCUGGAGUCCCUUUGGGGCCAGGGUGUGUGUGUGUGUGCACCCUUGGGUGGGGUGGGGGCCUGGGAUGCGGGAAGCAGGGCCCUGCCUGCCUCCACCUCCCCACCCGUGCCCGGCACGCUCCCUCCCCGAGAGCACAUCACCUGAUGGGGGAAAUGGGGCCACAGGUUCAAGAGAGGGCUGCCAGGGGACAGUGAUUCUCUGAGACCCUGUCUGUGAGUAAAACUGGGGGUUCAAAUGCCUGGAAUGAGGGGGGUCAGUGCCUGCCUAGGACGAUCUCUGGCCCUGUAGGUGCUCCAAGACCCCAGGGCAGAGGUCAGUGGGGCAUCUGCACCCCGAGCCUGCCCCAGUGCUCACCACAGAGGCUGGGAGCCCCCGCCCAUCUGGUACCCCAGUCUGAGAUAGGCUCAGCAAGGCCUGUCCCCUGAGGAACAAGGACCCCACCCCCCAUGGUAGAGUACUUGUUGGCAGAGGUUGACUCUUGGGAGUCCCCAAGGCUUCCCUACUGUGAGGAGGCCCCUUUCAGGCACCAGUCAGCCCAGGGCCACCUGGGGGCAGGGCGGCAGCUCUCCCACUCACAGGCCCUGCAGUGCCCAGCCACAGACCCUCCCAAGUCCCCCCCACUGGGCUCCCCAUCCUUCCUAACACUGGCAAUAAACCCUCAACUGUGA